CAGGUGGGCUCUGUCAAACGAGGUGAUCAUGGAAAGGUGUCACGCAUCAGGAUCCGCAGGGCCGUCCCUAAGCCCCCCGCCAACCUAACACCGAUGGGCCUGCCCAAGCCAAUCAGGUUGAAGAAGAAGGAGUUCAGCUUGGAGGAGAUCUACACCAACAAGAACUUCCAGAAACCACCAGAGGGCCGUCUAGAGACGAUAUUUGAAGUACCGGUCAGCUGUCGUGAUGGAUCCUUGUCCCUGAUUAGUCAGCGCCGUUUCAAGCGAUUGGUAGAUUUCCCCGAAUUGGGCGUGGCUAGGAAGUCCAAGAAACCUCUGGUUGGGUCUUGUGGGAAGCCUGCCGUGGGUAGGACUCGCCGAGGGGGAGGAGCUAGGGGCAGAGAAAGCCCCGCCCUCUCCUCAGAGGAACUUGAUUCGGUCCUGUGUGCCAAACUCACUCAACUAGACAGCUGGCUUGCCUUCGACGAAGGUGUGCUGGCCUGAGCUGUAACUACUGGUAAAUUAUAAGGCAGCUUGGAUAUCUAUUGGGGUCAUUCCCCAUCCGUCCUAGAUUUAAAAAAAAAGGGCAUCUUAUAUGGACUGGUCAUGCAUGGACCUUUUUUGUUGUUAUAAAGGCAGUUAUUCAUACAUUUUGUAUUUAUUGUAUUGUUUUUGUGUCCAAGUGCCACCAUUUUUCUCCUGUCCAGCGUCAGGCUUCUCGUCUAUGUACUAAACCCCGCCCCCCAGCUGUGUUCUGAAGGGGCCCUAUCCUGUGGAUCUGUUCUCUUUCAUAUCCGUGUUGUACGCAUAGCAGGCAUUAGUAAGUUAGGUUUAUCUGUCCAUCUGGAUGGCGUGUCCCGGGGCUGGAGCUCGAGUUCUGGUGCGUGGCAAGGCCCUUGGCGUCCUCACCACGGCAGCAUCAUUUUUGUGUUUAUGGCAGGGGUGCAUAGUUCAAGUCUGGAAAGUAAAAAUCCAGACCAAGAUUUUGCUUCAACCAACCAGUUCACUAUAAAGAGUCACAGCCACAACCAACUGGUUGGUUGGAACAAAAUCUUGGUCUGGAUUUUUACUUUCUUCACCUGACCUUAUCCCCCCUGGAUUAUUGUAGCUCGCUGGCCUGGUCUGCUCAUUGGCAGUAUCGCUACUGUAUUUUACUUUGUUAGAAACGGCUCCCUGCAGCAGGUAAAGGAGAAGGGUGGAGCUUUACCACACGCAGUAGGCGCUGGAAAGUUAUGCUGUUUGUGAAUGACCACCAUUGAGGAGUUUUUAUAGUGGUGUCUGCAUUGUAUAUUAUAAAUGUUAUCUUUUUCAUACAUAGAACAUAGUCAUACAUGUUAGCUUGAGGCUUUCAUCAUACUGAUCUAUAUAUAUAGAUAUAUAUAAAUGUUUCUUUUUUCUACUGAAUAAAUGUUUUUAUGGCA